AUGGCCGAGAGGAAGAAACCCAAACGGGCCGGGGGGGAGAAGACGAUGACCCUGAAGAAGGUCCAGAGCUGCGUGGAGUUGACGCAGGACAGCAAACGCCGUCUGGACCUGAGCUUCAAGGCCGUCGCCGUGGUGCCCAAGGUCGUCCGGGCGCUGAGCGACGUGGACGAGCUGGACCUGAGCCGGAACCUCAUCCGGGCGCUGCCCGACUUCAUCCGCAGCUUCGUCCGGAUCCGCCUGCUGGACCUGCACAGCAACUACCUGGAGCAGCUCCCCGUGGCCAUCGGCCGCCUCCGCAACCUGCUGGUCUUGAACCUGUGCAACAACCGUCUGACGAGCCUCCCCGACGAGCUGGGCCUGCUGACGGAGCUGCACACGCUCCACCUGUGCAUCAACCGGCUGGAGGCGCUGCCCGCCUCCGUCGGCGCCCUGAAGGAGCUGCGCCGCCUCGGCCUCGCCGACAACCGCUUCGGCCGCGUGCCCGGCUGCCUGUCGAGGCUCGCCAAGCUGCAGAGCGUCAACCUGAAGGGGAACCCCUUGUUCGCCCCGCGGGAGGCCGGGCCGGCCGGGCCCGGGCCCCCGGCGGUGAUGGAGGGCCUUUACCUGGCGACGGACAGCGUGCUGUGCGAGGGCUGCAGGAGCACGUGCCGAACAGAGAGGAAGGCGUUAAAGGAGGGGGCGUGA